GUCCAUACCAAACUCAACUCAUUAAAUGAAAUAAGCUCUAAUUUUCAAACAUGAAUCCCCCAAUGUCAAAGCUGAUUUCCAUGAGAAUGAUACCAAAGACCCCAUCAAGAUCCUCCAAUCCAUUUAUGAUCAAUAUGAUGCAUUGUUUGUCGAGGAAAUCAUACUCGAGGAACUCGACAUUCCUGAGAUCACCCCUGAAUUGAGAGACAAACUGUAAGAGUUUCCGAAUGUUCACAGUUUCGGCAUCAACAGAUGUGGAUUACAAAGUCUAACCAAUUUUCCAUCCUUCAAACAUUUGGUCAGGUUCUAAGCGGAUGGCAAUCUCAUCAAGGCCAAACAGAUCGGCUAUUUGAAGAAGUACACUGAACUGCGUUCGAUUUCCUUGAUUUGCAAUCAGAUUGACGACCCGAAGACGAUGAUCAAAUAUUUGAAGGAAAUGAAAAUUACUCAACUUAAUUUAUACGGAAAUCCCAUGCAGGAUUACUUCAAGUUGUUCUUUGACGAAAUACCCUCUCUGAUUUACUUGGACAACCUACAGAAGACUGGGGCGGAGGUCUAUUAUGACUAUGACGACACGAAUGAGUUGAGUAAGCAGGAUGGUUACAUCUGUCCGAAUUACAAGGAGUACAAGAGUUGA